AUGAUUGAGCUCAAGGCGUUUAUAGAACUUCGCUUUUUCACUGCGGCAUUCAAGUCAAAUCAUCAAGAUAUAAACACUCUCUUCACAACAGAUGGAACCGGUGCCGAGAUAUUUCGUGCUGUGAUGUUUAAGAACAGAUUCGCGAUUUUAGUAAGCACUCUUAGAUUCGAUGACACUAAUUCUAGAAAAGAACGCAAAAAGACAGAUCCAGCUGCACCAAUCUCACUAAUUUUUGAAACAUUCGUGAAAAAUUGCCAACAGGCGUACAGUUUGGGAACUUGCGUUACUAUCGAUGAAAUGCUCAUCAGCUUCCGCGGCCGCUGCAAGUUUCGAAUGUAUAUUCCAAACAAACCAGUAAAGUAUGGGCUAAAACUAAUGGCGUUGACCGAUUCAAGAAACCAUUAUUAUUUCAAUGGUUAUAUUUACAUUGGAAAAGGAUCGGAUGGAAAUACGUUGCCGGAAAAAUAUCAAACUUCACCAAAACCAAUGCUAUCUGUUUUACGUCUUUCCAAGCNUCCCCUAACAUAUAUCUAUGGAAAGAAUAAAUUUAAAUGGUCGACUGAACCUGAAAACUCCAGAACAAGAACAAGGAAGCAUAAUAUUGUUUUGGAACGUCCUGGAUUGCGAGGCCCUAACCGUCCGACUAAAGCAAGUCCUGAAGACAUGUGGAAUAGGUUAAUUGAUGAUACCAUUACUUUCAGAAGUUUUACGUUGGACAAAUAUAAAAAUACAGAAAGAAAGAGCCAGUUAUACUAA